CCGGCUGUGCUGAGGGACCCGGGGACGCCUCCUUCCCUCGGCCGGCACCCCAGUCAGCAGGCCCCCACUUCCCUCCGGCAGGGAGCGGACAUGGACUUCGACUCGUACCAGCACUAUUUCUACGACUAUGACUGCGGGGAGGAUUUCUACCGCUCCACGGCGCCCAGCGAAGACAUCUGGAAGAAAUUCGAGCUGGUGCCUUCGCCCCCCACGUCGCCGCCCUGGGGCGCCGGUUCCGGCGCCGGGGACCUGGCCCCUGGGAUUGGUCCUCCAGAGCCGUGGCCCGGAGGGGGCGCAGGGGACGAGACCGACUCCCGGGGCCACUCGAAAGCUUGGGGCAGGAACUAUGCCUCCAUCAUCCGCCGAGACUGCAUGUGGAGCGGCUUCUCUGCCCGGGAACGGCUGGAGAGAGCGGUGAGCGACCGGCUCGCUGCUGGUGGCCCCCGGGGGAACCCGCCCAAGGCUCCCGCCGCCCCGGACUGUACUCCUAGCCUAGAAGCAGGCAAUCCGGCACCCGCAGCCCCCUGUCAGCUGGGCGAGCCCAAGAGCCAGGCCUGCUCGGGGUCCGAGAGCCCAAGCGAUUCGGAGGGUGAAGAAAUUGAUGUUGUGACCGUAGAGAAGAGACAGUCCCUGGGUCUACGGAAGCCGGUCACCAUCACGGUGCGAGCAGACCCUCUGGACCCCUGCAUGAAACACUUCCACAUCUCCAUCCAUCAGCAACAGCACAACUAUGCCGCUCGAUUUCCCCCGGAAAGCUGCCCCCAAGAACAGGCCCCAGAGAGGGGUCCCCAAGAAGAGGCUCUGGAAAGAGAUGCCCUAGAGGAAAAGGAAGAUGAGGAGGAUGAAGAGAUCGUGAGCCCCCCACCUGGAGAAAGCGAGGCUCCCCUGCCCUGUCACCCCAAACCUGUCAGUUCUGAUACUGAGGACGUGACCAAGAGGAAGAACCACAACUUCUUGGAGCGCAAAAGGCGAAAUGACCUCCGUUCGCGGUUCUUGGCCCUCAGGGACCAGGUACCCACCUUGGCCAGCUGCUCGAAAGCCCCCAAAGUGGUGAUCCUAAGCAAGGCCUUGGAAUACUUGCAGACCCUGGUGGGGGCCGAGAAGAGGAUGGCUACAGAGAAAAGGCAGCUCCGGUGUCGGCAACAGCAACUGCAGAAAAGAAUCGCGUACCUCAGUGGCUUCUAACUGACCAAAAAGCCUGGCGGUUCUGUCUUACAAAGACUCACACUCACUCGAUUUUUAACCUCCCUCUCCCCUUUAGUAAUUUGCACAUUUUGGUUACGGUGGGACAGUCUGGACAGUAGAUCCCAGAAUGCAUUGCAGCCGGUGCACACACAAUAAGGGCUUGCAUUCUUGGAAACCUUAAAAGCCAGCUCGCUCUCUUCCCUGACUCAUGGGAGGGCUGUGUCUUCUCUGGCGCCUUUGGCUUCUCGGCAGGCAGCUGACUGAAGAGCCUUGGGGUCUGCCGAGCUCUCUAGCGCUGAAGAAAAGGCUGACAGAUGCUAUGCAACAGGUGGUGGACAUUGUCGGGGGGCUGCAGCCCGCAUGAAAUCGCACACGCCGUGUGAGCUUCAGGCUAGGACAGGAUGCUCCCACUGGUGUCUCUGGGGGUGAGGCAAGGACAGCUGGGCCUGGACGUGCUCCCUGAGGCUCCUUUUUCCAGCAGACACACGAGCUGUCUUGGGUGAAGACUAGCUCCCAGACUUGAUCAGCACGGAUUAUUACCUCGCUGUCAGACAUUUUACAGUAGCCGAGGAAUUGCACCCUCUAAUAUAUGUGUACAUUUCGAUGUGAGAUGACACCCCUCCCACCCUCAGUGCUACCCAUGUGCAGCGUGUGGCCUCUAGAUUCUUUGUCUCAGAGCCCUCUGGGCCCUGUCCUCUGAGGGGGGGACUUUUCUGUGCUCAGAAGGGACUUUUUUUGUUUCAUUCUGCCUUUGUUAGGCCACGGGCUCUACCGCACCCUUUCCCACAGGUCAGAAAUAUUUCCCCAGAGCACAGGGAACUGGGUCCUAGCCUGGGGCCUGGGGAAAUAUUCGGGGUCAGGGUUCCUAGCUCAUGAGCUUGUUACCUGCCCACGUAUCUUCUGAGGGGCACUGGAGGCCCAUCGCGAAUAUUUUCUCAAGGCAGGUGUAAGGCCCCUCAGAGGGGAGAACUCUUCCACCUGCCUCUCAUCUCAAUCCUUGACUGUUAAGCUCGAAGUUCUACUGGGACCUGCAGACCUGUCCCUGUUGUACAACUCCCAAGGUGCGCCUGCUGGCUCGGCAGCCACCGCUCGGCCCCCCC